AAUCAUGCACCAAAUCCCCAACCUCAGCAAAAUGCAAACUCUCAGGUCUGAAGUGCAGGACCAUCUCGAAUUUGCAGCCAAGUUCGAUUACUUCAUAUACCGAGUUGGCGACAUCAUUUGCCACAAAAUUCUCAAGUCGAAAGUUAAUACAGAAAACCAUGUCGGAACUCACCAGGCUGUAGCACUAGCUGCCAUGAUCCAAGGUCUCAAGCAUGAUAGGUUCCGGGAUAACCUAAGAAAGCAUCCGCCUUCGAUGUUUGAUCAAGCAAAUGAGAGGUCUCGUAGGUUCAUCACAGCGGAAGAGUAUGCUCUCUCUGGCAAACCCAUAGUGGGAGGGAUGAGCUCCAACCAACAAAAGCUGAAUGUGAGGGAGGUGAAACAUCAGAACCGAACUCAAAAGAAGAAGUCUGAUGAGGCAGAUCAGAAGAGCCAACCUAUAACAUUCACUUCAACUGAUCUUGAUGGUGUUGUCACACCUCACGAUGACCCAUUAGCCACCUCAGUCAUUGUCAAUAAUUGUGAAGUUCAACGUGUCCUUGUUGACACUGGAAGCGCUCUUAACAUCAUUCAUCGGACGUCCUACUUUGACCGAGAUCAGAGAUGUCGUUUCAUAAUCCCACUAAUGCAUGAAGUUCUUUACGCCCAUGGGAGUGGCGACUCUCAAAGCUCAGCCAUCAAAUUUCAACUAGAAGCCCCUAAUAGCCAACAAGUGAUAGGCAUUGAGCUACUGAAUAACAAACCUGAAAAUGAGGCCAAGGCCACCCCGGUAGAAGAGGUGGAAGAGGUGCAGAUUGAUGAUAGUGACCCCACUAAGAAGACACAGAUUGGGACCAAGCUGAGCUCGAAAGAAAGAAAAGAGCUUAUUGGCUUUUUGAAGUCAAAUAAAGAUGUAUUUGCAUGGACCUCAGUUGAUAUGCCCGGGAUACCCACCUCGGUCGAGGUACACAAGCUAAGUACUAACCCUCUGAAGAAGCCCGUAGCUCAUAAAAGGCGCCUAUUUGGAGGAGAGAGGAUGCAAGCAAUCAAGGAAAAGGUACAGAAGCUCUUGCAAGCAGGGUUUGUAAAAAGAGUAGACUACUACGAAUGGGUUGCUAAUCUUGUUCUAGUCAAGAAGUCGAACGGCAAAUGGAGAAUGUGCAUUGAUUACACUAAUCUUAAUGAUGCUUGCCCGAAGGACUGCCAUCCCUUGCCAAUCCACAUGGCAUCCGAGGACGAGGUGAAAACCUCCUUUUAUGCUGGUGAUGAGAUCUAUUGCUACGUGAUGAUACCAUUUGGACUGAAGAAUGCAGGGGCUAUGUAUCAAAAGAUGGUGACGAUUGUAUUCCAAGCUCAAAUUGGUAGGAAUUUGGAAGUUUACAUUGACGAUAUAGUGGUCAAGAGCCUCAAGGCAGAAGAUCACUUGACCAACUUGGGAGAAACGUUUGAUAGCUUAAGAAAGCACAGCAAGAGGUUGAACCCAGCCAAGUGCGUCUUUGGCGUCAAAUCUAGUAAAUUCCUAGGGUUCAUGGUCUCUAAGAGCGGGAUAGAGGUCAAUCCCAGGAAGAUUAAGGCAAUAGAAGAGAUGAAACUGCCAAGGUCAGUCAAGGAUGUGCAAUGCCUAACUGGACAGGGCAAGAUCUUGUACCUCAACCUCGAGAUAUCCGACACAACGAUAAGCUCAGUCUUGGUCAGGGAAAUGGGACAACAACAGAAGCUAGUGUACUAUGCCAACAAGGUGGUACAAGGAGCCGAACUGAGGCAGAUUUUGCAAAAGCCGGAGUGCUCAAGUAAGCUCAUCAAGUGGGCGAUAGAGCUGGAUGAAUUCCAUAUCACAUUCCAGCAGAGAUCAACAAUCCGAGCUCAAGCUUUGGCCAAUUUUGUGGUAGAAUGUGAGGUUAUAGAUCCUACCCUAGCUAAGUACUUAGUCGUGGUCUCCGAACUCAAAUGCCAAUUUGAGAGAUUCCAGCUCACAAAAGUCCCGAGAGCAAAGAAUGAGCAUGCAGAUUCAUUGUCAAAGUUAGCUUCUGAUAGCUAUCGAGGAAUGAGGUCCUUCUAUGUUAAGGUCCUUGAUGAACCAAGCUUUCAGAGGUCAAAGGUGAUGGAGGUCAAUGUUGAUCCUGAAACCCCCAGUUGGACAGAUCCCAUUAAAACUUAUCUCCGAGAUGGAACUAUCCCAAAUGACAAGCUAGAAGAGAUGAAGUUGCGGAGAAAGACAUCUCGGUACACCUUGGUUGAUGGCAUCUUGUAUCAGAGGUCAUAUUCACUUCUACUCCUUCACUAUUUAACCCUUUACGAGGUUGAGUAUACUCUUCGUAAGGUGCAUAAAGGUGUAUGUGGUAGUCAUAUCGGAGCUUGGACUCUAACCCACAAGGUGCUCCGGCAAGGAUACUAUUGGCCCAAUAUGCAAGAAGAUGCCAAUAAGUAUGUUUAGAAGUGCCAGAAAUGCUAAUUCUUUGCACACCUCACUCACCAACCAGCAAAAGAACUCACCAACUUGGUUGCACCAUAGCCUUUUGCCUAAUGAGGAAUAGAUAUUCUGAGUCCUU